AACGAAGCGAGACGCUAUGCGACUUGUCAGUGUACGUGAGUGAGUUAACGUAGAAGGUUCGUGCCGAAUUUCAUUUCCACCCGGUUCACACUGUGGGACCACGCUUUGUAAGGAAAACUGAUUAAAACACAGAGUAUAAAAAAAUGGUUGCUGUGAAGGGUCGCAAAAGUUCGAACAAGAAUCCGCCGAUCUUAAGUCAUGAAUUCGUUAUACAGAAUCAUGCGGAUAUCGUGUCUUGCGUCGCUAUGGUUUUCGUUGUUGGUUUGAUGGUUCAGAUUACGUCACCAUGGGCAUAUAUAUUUAUUGCAUUGCACCAUAACGUAUCGGAGCCCCAGGAUCCAUCGCUUCCAUGGCAACCACCCAAGUUUUCCACUGGCUGGAAAGACGCUUGUGCCGUCUUUUUCUACUUCCUCAUAACAAUUGUCAUGCAUGCUGUCAUACAGGAAUACGUCCUAGACAAAAUUUCGAGGCGUCUUCACCUCAGCAAAAUCAAGCUUUCCAAAUUCAACGAAUCCAGUCAACUGACCGCUUUCUUCGUACUGUCCGCUCUCUGGGGUAUCGAUAUUAUUAUCAGAGAUGAUCUUUUGGCGAAUGUACCUUUGCUGUGGGAAAGUUAUCCAGGAUCCAUGUCGUUUGCGCUGAAAUUAUUUUUCAUCGGUCAAAUCGCCUACUGGCUCCACUGCUAUCCCGAGUUGUAUUUCCAGCGAGUUAAAAAAGAGGAGAUGUCAGGAAGAAUCGCUCAUGCAACGACCGGUCUUGUCUUCACUUUGGCAGCGUAUCUUUUAAAUUUCCAACACGUUGGUGUGAUUCUCAUGGUUCUCCACUAUAUCUCUGAGGCUAUGCUACACAGUGCUCGCAUCAUUCACUUUGUCAACCAGAAGGAACAGCCUACGAAAGUGGCUUUCAUGCUCGCAAACUGCGUGUUUGUGGUAGUUCGCAUUGCGACGAUUCUUCUUUCUGCCCUCGUCUUGGUUUACGGUCUUGGUCAACUCGAUGAAUCUUUCAGUUACGCAACUGGAAAUUACAACAUUCCAGCAGUGCGUUAUUCGUUAUUGGGUGCUAUCGUAGUCUUCCAGGCUUAUCUUCUGUACGUUUUUGGCAAAUAUCAACUGCGUCGUUCGCGUGAGAGCAGCGCUCCGGUGAUCUCGAAAAUUAAGCCAAAACAACAGAGACCGAAAAAGAAGGACGCGAAAAAGGGAACGCUCUCGGAGGACGAUGAUUUGCCAGAAGUCGAUCAGGCGACCAAGAAAAAUCUUCGUUCCCGAUCUUCCGCGAAGGCGAAAUAAACACAAUCCGUUUCUUCCAUUUGUCUGAAAUGAAAUGAAUUAUGUCUCCGAGAGAACAUAAAAAUGGAAAAGAAAAAGGAAAAAAGGGAGCCUUUUAAGGCUAUUUUAUAAAUCAAGAACUUUACACCUGCGUGAAAUAGAAUAAAACAUUGGUUUUUCACGUGAUCUAUAGGAAAAUCGAAUUGUAUUAAGAUUUAGGCUUUCCUGUCGUCCAAUUUGGGAACUUUUAAAUCUUCGACUUCUCAUUCAACAUUCAAUGACUGUUACAUUUUUUUCAUCGUUUUCAUCGAGUUAGCAAAACAUCCUAAUACAUCUUUUUUAACACAAUACAAAACGUCCAAGUUAUUGUGAAAUGAGCUAAGAUUAAUAUAUAGAUCUAUAUAUAUUAUAGAAGGAAUUUUGUAACGUGUAAAUAUCGCGGAAUAUCAUCAAUAGUUGUAUUAUUUGAAAGACUAUUAAAACGAAUUAUACAAAAUGAAAA